ACACUUUGUGUCAUUUCCACCCAACUCUCUCUCUCUCUCUCUCAAUUUCACAUCUUCUUCUUCCUAAAAAAAAUCAGCAUAUCAAGAACAACCUAGAAAUGCAGAGCGGCGGUGCUGCUAUCGGAGGUUCGUUAAUAUCGUUAUCUCCGAGCUUCAACGCGUAUUCUUCCUCCGACAGCCUCGCUCAGAUCGCCGCCAGAGUCGUCAGCGAGUUUCGUCAGGAGCUUGACGAGGCUGGUUUGGAGGAUAUUGAUGACGUGUAUGAGAACAACGGCGGGCAAUUCUCACCGCCGCGGUUGGAGCAAGAAGCGCGAAACGACGACGACGUAAAGGUGGUGGAAGAUGAUGAUGAUGAUGAGGAGGAGGAGGAGUUUGAGUUCGCUUUUGUAUGCAGAGACGCGCCGACGUCGCCGAUAGCGGCGGAGGAGGUGUUCUACAACGGCCAGAUCCGGCCGGUUUACCCCGUCUUCGACCAGAGCUUGCUUCUACAAAACGACGACGACGUGGAUGCCGUGAAGAAAGAUUCCGAGAAGUCCGCGGCGGCGGAGGCGGAGGCGGUAACGAAGCCGCGUCGUCGGCCGCUAAGAAUGCUCAUGAUCGAGGAGGAGCGCGAGACGGCGUCGUGCUCGUCCUCCGAGGCCGACGACCUCGAGAGCCUGCCACCUGGCACUUACUGCGUGUGGGCCCCGCCCAAGGCUGAUUCGUCUUCCGAGAAGGGUGGGAAAAUUAGCGGCGGCGGUUGCGGGAAGAGCGGCUCGACCGGGUCGUCGAAGAGGUGGAAGUUUCGGGACCUUCUUUCUCGGAGCAGCAGCGACGGCUCCAAGGACAAUUUGGUCUUUUUCGCACCCAAGGCCGCGGAGAAGGAGGGCGGUAACGUCGUGGUCGUCCGGAAAGUGAGGCGCAGCGGAAAAGGCGCGGCUGAUGGGGAUAAACGACGGUCGUUUUUGCCGUACAAGCAGGACCUGGUGGGGUUUUUCUCUAACGUCAAUGGGCUUAGCAGGAAUUUGCAUCCAUUCUGA